AUGUAUGCAGUAACACCUCAUAGCCCUACGCCGUGCAACUCUCGCCUACCAACACACACAACUUUUCCCAUCAGAGGGGCUAGAGCACCAUUCUGGCCCCCUCACCCGAUUUCUGAGACGCAGCAAAAGUGCAAACGGUGCAAUAUGCACCUAUACUGUAUACAACACGCCACAUGGCUUACCGGGCGAUAUGAGAAAGCACAUCAAGCGCAUCUUUGUCAUCGCUCCUGCACGUCAGAGUUCGAGAUGUAG